GGUUGACGACUUGAAAUGCGUCGAACCGUCUGAUGACGACCCUGAUGUCUCCUCCACCGUUCGAUGUACUUACCAGCUCCCCAACUCUCUCUGUCCACGCCCGAUAUUUGAUCGUCGUCACUAAGACGCAGCUGGUCCUCCUUGCAUCGCCGUCGCAGAGAGCAGAAUGUUGCUCCCCACCUGCAGCUCCAGCGAGAUGCGCGGCGGCGGCGGCGGCAGCCUCCAUCUUCACGCCCUCUCGCACCGUGACCCGUCCCACCCUCGUCCGCACACCUCGAGGGGCGGGGUUUCUCUAGGGUUUAAGCUCCAACGCCGCCCUAAAGCCCUGGCCUUGCCCUCCAGCGUCUCUUCAUCAAACGGCAAGAAGCAGAGGAGGACGGCUUACGGAGGCGUUCUGCCUUCGGUCUUGCGGUCCUUGGAGUCGGCGGACGACGUGGAAAAGACCCUUUCUUCCGUUUGCUCGGAUUUGAGCCCUAGAGAGCAGACCGUGAUCCUCAAGGAGCAGCGCAGCUGCGAGAGGGUCGUUCGGGUCUGGGAGUUUUUCAAGUCCCGGGAGGAUUACGCGCCCAAUGUGAUUCACUACAAUAUCGUGCUGAGGGCGUUGGGCAGGGCCCAGAAAUGGGACGACCUGAGGAGGUGCUGGAUCGAGAUGGCGCAAAAGGGUGUCUUUCCCACUCAUAACACGUACGGGAUGCUCGUCGACGUGUAUGGGAAAGCGGGUAUGGUGAAAGAAGCGCUCUUGUGGAUCAAGCAUAUGAAGUUGAGGGGUAUGUUUCCGGACGAGGUCACCAUGAACACUGUCGUCAGGGUUUUGAAGGACGCUGCAGAGUUUGAUAGGGCGGAGAGGUUCUACAAGGGUUGGUGCGAUGGGCGGGUCGAGCUGGACGAUCUCGAAUUGGAUUCGAUGGUUGAGUCUGAAGAUGGGUUUGGCUUAGCACCUGUUAGUUAUAAGCAUUUUCUGUCGACCGAGCUCUUUAAGAUAGGUGGGAGAAUGAAAAUUAUGGGCUCCAAUGAUUCAGAGAAUUCUGCUAGGAAGCCACGACUUACGUCGACGUAUAAUACUCUUAUCGAUUUGUAUGGGAAGGCAGGGCGCCUGAAGGAUGCUGCCGCCGUGUUUAGAGAAAUGUUGAGUUCUGGGGUUCCCAUGGAUAUCAUUACCUUCAAUACCAUGAUUUUUACUUGCGGAAGUCAUGGCCACUUGUCUGAAGCCGAAGCUCUGCUGAACGAAAUGGACGGAAGGCGAAUAUCUCCUGAUACAAAGACUUAUAAUAUCCUUCUAUCUUUAUAUGCCGAGGCAGGGAACAUUGAUGCGGCCCUCGAUUGUUAUAGAAAGAUCAGGGAAGUUGGUCUUUUCCCUGAUGCUGUGACACGCCGAGCUGUUAUCCAUAUAUUAUGCAAGAGGAAUAUGGUCCAAGAGGUGGUGAGUGUCAUUGAACAAAUUCGAAAGUCUGGCAGCAAUAUUGAUGAGCAUUCUCUUCCUGAUAUAGUUAAGAUGUAUGUGAACAAAGGGUUGCUUGAUAGCGCUAAAGUUCUUUUUGAGAAUUUUCAGGAUGAUCGGGAGCUACUCCCGAAAACACGAGCAGCAAUUAUGGAUGCUUACGCUGAAAAGGGUUUUUGGGCUGAAGCUGAAUGCGUCUUUUUUAUGAAAAGCAUUGGGCAGAAGAAGGAUGUCUUGGAAUACAACGUCAUGAUCAAAGCUUAUGGUAAGGCAAAGCUUUAUGAUAAAGCCUUUUCCCUUUUCAAGAGCAUGAAAAAUCAGGGCACAUGGCCUGAUGAGUGCACUUAUAAUUCUCUUGUUCAGAUGUUUGCUGGGGGUGAUUUGGUAGAAGAAGCUAAAAGUCUCUUACUUGAAACGCAAAGACUUGGCUUUAAACCCCAAACUAUGACUUAUUCUGCUGUGAUUGCCUGCUAUGCUCGCCUGGGCCAGCUUUCUGAUGCAGCUGACACGUACGAUGAAAUGGAAAAGGCAGGGGUUAAACCAAAUGAAGUUGUGUAUGGUUCUCUAAUAAAUGGAUUUGCUGAAGCUGGAAGAGUUGAAGAAGCUCUUCGAUAUUUCCAUUGGAUGGAACAAUGUGGAAUUCCAGCAAAUAAGAUAGUUUUGACUUCUCUCAUCAAGGCUUACAGUAAAGUAGGAUGCUUGGAAGGAGCAAAAUCUGUGUACGAAAGGAUGAAAAAUAUGCAGGGCGGUUUGGACGUCAUUGCAUCAAACAGUAUGAUCAGUCUUUAUGCAGAUCUGGGCAUGAUAUCUGAAGCAAAACUCAUUUUCAAUGGCAUGAGAGAAGAAAAUAUGGCGGAUGGGGUUUCUUUUGCAAGCAUGAUGUAUCUGUAUAAGAACAUGGGUAUGCUUGAUGAAGCCAUUGCGGUUGCCGAGGAGAUGAAACAAGCAGGUUUAUUGAGAGAUUGUCCUUCAUAUAAUAAGGUAAUGGCAUGCUAUGCCACUAAUGGCCAACUGUAUCAGUGUGGUGAGUUGUUGCAUGAGAUGGUGGUGACUCGAAAGCUUUUACCCGAUAGUGGGACCUUCAGAGUAAUAUUUACGGUGUUGAAGAAGGGAGGUAUGGCUAUCGAAGCUGUUAACCAGCUGGAAUUAUCCUACCAUGAAGGUAAACCUUAUGCGAGACAAGCCAUAAUUUCCUCUGUUUUCUCUGUCGUGGGCUUGCAUGCUCUAGCAUUCGAGUCCUGUGAAGUAUUCUCCAAAGCAAAGCUUACUCUCGAUUCUUUUGUAUAUAAUGUAUGUAUAUACGUCUAUGGUGCAUUAGGGGACGUUGAUCGGGCUCUGAACAUAUAUAUGAAAAUGCAAGACGAUGGUGUGAAGCCUGAUCACGUUACUUACAUUUUUCUGGUUGGUUGUUAUGGCAAAUCGGGUAUGAUCGAAGGGGUGAGACGGGUUCAUAGUCAACUAAAAUAUAGAGAAAUUGAGCCGAAUGAGUCCUUGUUUGAGGCAGUGGCAGAGGCGUACAGAAAUGCAAAAAGGCCUGAUCUCGCUGAGUUGGUUAAUAAGGAGAUGAGAUUCGCCUUUGAGCCGCAACAGAACUCUGAUUCUGAAUUUGAAAAUGAGGGAUGUAGCUCUAGUCCUUAGUGUCAGUUGUAUAGCCUGAGCUUUCAAAUAGGAAAUUCCUGUAUCCUGAAGCACCUUGUGCAUCAUUCUUUCCUGAAAUUUUUCCCGCAUAAAUUUGUUUAUACUAUUUGAGAUGCCAUGUUUGUUACUA